AUGCCAAAGGAAAAGCAUGAAAAUAAUGACGUUCGAAGAAGUUAUACUCUAAUGAGCCCAGAGGAUGUAGCUAAUGGCAAGAAGUCAAAAUGGACCGAACUGGAAAUUACGGCUACGAUCCGUAAUUUGAGCCCGACACUUUGGCAGCUCGAUUUUUUGACUGCGUUGUUUUUGAACGACAAUAAUCUAACGAAGAUUCCCCCAGAGAUCUCCAGGCUUGCUCAACUCAAGCAUUUAGAUUUAUCAUCGAACAAACUUAGAAGUUUGCCCAGUGAACUUGGAGAUCUGGUCACAUUACGUGAACUACUUCUUUGCAAUAAUAACCUGAGAAUUUUACCGAACGAACUGGGAAAACUUUUCCAGUUACAAACCCUUGGAUUGCAAGGAAAUCCGUUACCACAGGAUAUAUUAAGUAUAAAUGGGGAACAAAAUGGAACAGCUAAGCUACUCUCCCUUAUGCUGGACAAUUUAACUGGUAAGUUUAACGUAACCGUGCACACGAAAAUGAAAGUUUGUGGUGUCAGUUCUAAUUUAACUCGUGGUGACAGUGAGCUCAUGUUUUGCUUUCCUCUCGCUUAUGUAGCCUUUCUGUUGUAUUAGAUAACUCUUGAUUCAUUCAUAUAACAUGUUUUUAGCUUUCUUUUUAUAUAGCACAUGACGCUGAGCAUCGUUUGCUUUGCGAGUGGUGUUUUUCUUUGUGUUUUGCACGAGGUUCAUUCGCAUAAUAAACUCCACAUCAUAUUGGUCAGUGUUCGUCUCAUACAAGUCAUAGUUCGAUUUCUCGUUCCUUUUUUCCUUAUCAUUAUUUCCUCACGCAGUUUUUUAAUUAGUAAGUGAAUUGUGGCUUUCCUUUGGUAUAAUUUUGUCCGCAUUUACCAUCGGGCUCGAGAGAACUCUGUGUAUCCAUCGACUAGUACAAGGGUUCUUUUCUUUUCUACUUCAACGAACAAUAACCAAUGAUCUAUAACCGCCAAGUCGUAUUCGAAAAUCUCACCCAAACCGCAUCGAAUUACAUUGUUUGAGUCGUUAAAAUUAAUACAGAACUGCCACUGUGCAAUCAAUUAUUUUUUUCCAAUUCUAUAAUCGUAUCUUUAUACGUGAUUUUGGCACUUUUAGUACAUGUAUAAUAACUUCUUUCCCGGAAGUGGUUUGGGUGCUAAUUUCCAUGCUUUUCUUUUUCAUCUGUUUGCUCAACGCCAUUAUUUUCUUUUUAAGAUCGGUACUAUUCGCUCACAUUUUAAAAUAUGCCUCAGGAGCUUUAUUAUUGAUGGAAGUUAAUGAAGUUUAUGGGCAAGACCACUUUAAAAUUAGCUUGUUCCAGGCAUUAAAUUGCAAGUUAGCUGUUAACAUCAUCCUAAUGAUUUUGUGCAUGUGCCGUGAGUGAUAAUCUCAGGCCUGUUGACAGCCGAAAGCACCUCUCUAUAGUUCUGCAAAUAAUUUCAAGCAGUCAUAUUUUUAAUUCAGUUUAGAAUAAGCUUGGCUGAGGCAGAAUAUGACCUCAGUUACAGUGAUGUUGAAAACUAUUAGAAUACAACCACAUGAACUAAAAUAACUUUCAUUAGCCACACUAAUUACUUAUUUGUUUAGAUACUGGCAAACAUGAUUUCUGUAGACUUACAUCUCUUAGUGUUGUUCUCUAACUUAGCUGAAUGAUGUUGACUGAGGUUGAAAGACUGCAUGUACAUUGUAUUUCAAACUCACAAAACAACAUCGCUCAACCAAAUAAGUGCAUAAUUUUGUUGGUUCUUACUAUGUGGAGUGAUAUUUAAUCAUGAUGCUCUUAUUAAACCCUUUUUGUACUGUUAUUCAUUUCAGUAAAUUUUUAGUUUAGUUUCAACACUUGGUUUUGUUUACAUGUACCAUCUACUUUGCAAAAUUUAAGCCCCCGUUAGCUUUCUGCUUAAUCCAGCUUUGAACUGUGUCCUAUAUUUAAGAAGCUUGAUAUUGUUAAUGAGCAAAGUCCGUAAACUAUAUCCAACCAAUUUAUUAUAUUCCUUUGUUUUGGAAGUCUGUCAUUCUCUUUAAAUUUUCUUGAGGUUUUAAACAGUAGCAAACUGUAGUGAUUGUUUUAUUUCAAAAAUUGUUGUUUAAGGAAAGUGCAGAGUAAACUUGGCAUUGAUAAACUGACAAAUUGCCAGGUUUUUACAAGUAGCUUUGUUGGUUUCUUAAUCCAUCAGCAUGUUCAACCAAUAUAACACAGAGGACAUAAAUAACAAAUUAUUAUACAGGUGUAAUAAUUAUGUAUACCAUGUAGCCAUUGUCUAUGUUGUGGUUCAAUUUUAUCCUUGGUUUAAUUUUUAAUUUUCCUUUAUUUUUGGGUAUGGUAAUGUAUAAUAAUGAGUUUCUAACAAAGGAAAAUAAAAUUUAAACUAAGGACAAAAUUGAACCAAAACAACUACAACGUCUUAUGUGAAGACAUGUAUAUUAUGUAUAUAGCUAUAUCAUUUUCAUUUUUCAUGUGCACGCAACAAUCCCGAAAGGUAAUAUGGGAUAUGAUCAAUACAUUGUUCCUGACACUGUCACUGUCAAAUCUACUUUUGUUGCUUUCUUUUAGCACUUGCAAACAUGCGUCAAUGGCCACUCGUGCCAUUCUUUCAAUUUUCUUUGAAGAACAGUGAACUCAAAACCACCCACAAUACCUUUCAGGAUCGUCACAUGCACUUUUCCCGACAACCAUCUUCGAGAUGGCUGUAUACCUUUAGCAACUAUUGGAUUCACCUUUCACAUGGUCUGAUGCAGAUCGAGGAGAGUGUUAUUGGCCAAGAUGGAUAACACUCUCCAGGUUCUGCAUAAUUUUUCAGAUUAUACAAACGCCUGUGUGUUUCAGGGAAACUGCCCACCUACCCCUCCCCCAAGCCGACAUUAUUCUUUUAAACAUGCUUACAUUGAUCGAUGUUGAGUUCCUGUCCUCAUUUGUCUGUUCGUCGGAAAAUUCAGGAUAUAAAAGGAUGUUCAUUAUAGCAGUUAGUCAUCGAAUAGCAGUGUUAUUCAUUGAGUUGUAUUUUUCUAUUCUUGCCAUGUUUUUAGGUAAAAGUUUGGUUAUUUCUUCUUUGCAAAAACUGUGAAAUUUUCCGCCAUUUUCUCUAGCUCUACCAAAACAGCUGUGCUAAUGGAACCUUGUCACUAGUGCUUCUUGUUUGCCAUCCCUGUUAUUGGCAAUAUUCUGUACUAUUGUAUUAUAUCACAAAGUUCUUCCAAAUUUGGUGAACAGAGUGGUUUAGUAAUUACGAGAUGCUUCUAUCAAUCUAAUAAGCAUCUGACAAUGCCACAAUUUACUGAUUUAUGAUGAUGUGAGUCAUAUGCUAAGUAUUGAAUAGUGUGCUUAGGUUUCCUGUAAACACUUAAUCUGAAUCUACUGUUAGUUUAUACCUAUCAUCAGUAAAUGGGUGUGUGGAGGGUGCCUGAACAAACUGAAUGUGCCACAACUGAGCGUGAAAGGUAACCUUGAUAACUCUUUGUGGCAACUGCUAAGCACUGUCAAACUGAGAACGUCAGGGUAGUGUUUUGUAGAUAAUUAUCAAGACAUGUCCUGGGGGUGAAAGGGCUGGGAGUGAAAUGGCUUAAAUGACCUUAUGUGAAAAGCAAUGUGAAUGAAGUGAAUUGACCUCAAUGAGAGUGCUGUUUAAUUACUGAAACCCUGCAAGUGCUCAAAGACUGCCCUGCUCUGAGACUGAGUGCCUGCGUUGUCUUGUGUUUACAUGUACCUGGCCUCAAAUUACAUGUUGGCACAUACAUGUAUAUGUAUAGAAAUAAAUCUGUCGUUAAAACGAAUGGUGGUGUUUUUCUCUUUUCCGUUGAGAAAUGGAUUGUUAAUCAUUGGAAAGAUGGUCCUCUUGACACAGGUAUACAUGUCUGUAAGUAAGGAACCAGGGGCCAUUUGGGUUUGCUAUUGCACAGCCCUAUCUUCAAUCCCCUUAGUGAUGGAAAAUUUAUGGCCAAAAUUUUUCUUUAUGAAAAAUACAGUAAUGGUUAAAAAUUGAUUUGAGUUAGUUACAGUCACCACAUUUACUUGUAUGUAAUUUUGGUUUCUUAAUAUGUUGUUUUUUUUGUCCUACUUCAGUGUGUCCUCGACCACCAGAAAGGCAGUGGAUAUCAUUACAACCAGACAGAACGAGAAAUCCAUCAUGUAAGGGUCGUUAAAGUCAAAUUAAUGUAUUCUUUAUUUGUUUUGAAAUUUGUCUCUGUAGCAUUUUAUGACAGGAUUAAGCUCGAUAAAACUUUAACACACCACACUACAGGUGUAAGUUUCUAUAGGACCCUCUUCUAAAACUCAGCUUCCUCACAAAUAAAUGAAGUAAUGCUUGUACCGGUAUAUAGUAGGGCAUGAAUUUUGGCUUUUAGUUGCUAAAAGUAUCUAUUUUCAGGUUGUAGCAAUAGUAGUUUUUUUCCAAAAGUUUUGUAAUUAAACAAGACAAGCUCUUGACAAGUUACUUUAUGAUUAAAAAAUAUAUAUCUCCUUGGUUAAAACUAUGUAUUAGAUGUAGUAACUACAUACCAUAUUUUGCUAUGAGUUGUAUAAUUCUACUUAUCACAACAAGAAAAUCAUCUUCACUUACAUGUUUACACAGUUCGUAAGUUUGAGAUCACUAAUCAACAACCUUUACAAAACCACAUAUUAUUUUCUAUUAGCAUUAUAUACAUUUACAAGUUUCAAACAAAAAAUUUUCCUUUAUGGACCCCUUUAUGAAGUAUCACAUAUACAUGCAGAUGUAUAAUAAUAUUCUGUCAAAAUUCGGUAGUUUGGCAAACCCUCAUUGAUUAAUUCCAGACAUUAUUUGGUGGCAUCCAUUGUGACAAAUCAACAAAAAUUGACGUGUUUUUGUCUCUGUAUUUAGUGACAUUCAGUGUGAUGUGCUAUAAUGUACUCUGUGACAAGUAUUGUACACGCCAAAUCUAUGGCUACUGUCCAUCAUGGGCGCUUAAUUGGGAAUACAGAAAAACAGCAAUCUUAAAGGAAAUUCUGCAUUAUGGGGCUGAUAUUCUAAGCUUACAGGUAUUGUUUAUAGUUUAAUUAUUGCUAUAGAAUGUAUCUGUGCAGGAGUUUCAAAAACUUUUGAAGUAGAUGUCAGAGUUAACUAAUAUAAGGGGUUGUGUGAGGCAGUUCUUAUAACCACUCCACAAAAAGCUGAUACAGAGAAGUUAAGCUUUUAUGUCUUAGCAGGGCUGAAAAUAAUGGACGGCAGGUCACUGGUCAUGAUGACUGAUAAGCUCGGGCAACCCCCGAUUCUGGCCAGUGUAAUAAUUAAAACAAUAAUUUUUUUGCUCAAACUAUGCUAGCAACAGAUCGUUUGUAGUGCAUUGAUGUUCAGGUUUUUGGCAGGUUGAUGAAAAAAUUAAUGUAUUUACAGCAUUAUAGCUUACAUUGUAAGCCAGAAAUAUCAUCACAGCCUUAUAGAACAAGAUGUACUAAGUGGAAAACUGCAUGGAAAAUAUAAUGUUUGUAUCCAAAAGUGAGCAGACUAAAUGACUGGCAAAAUGAAAGUGUGACCAGUCAAGUGUUUAUCAGGCCAGACAUUUAUCAUUGACUGGCCCUUACUUUCAGCUCCCCUUAGUAUUUUUCAGUUUUCCUCAGGCAAAAGUUAUUUGCCUGAGGUUGCAGACCUUAUCACUGGUAAUUGCAGUGUGGGAUGCUGCUGUCAUGCCACAGGCUUUUGAUCCCUGCCCAGGUUCAGAAGGGCUGGUUCAGAAGCCGAACUUUUCAUAAGCUGAACUAAAUAGGUCAUUGAAUUAAGUAAAUGAAAAGUUUGACAUCUGAAUCAAUUAGGAACACCUAUUUCAAUUUGAAUUGGCUCAGUGGUUCUUCCCGGUUAGCCUGGCCGGGAAUUUCAGCAUAGGAGUGACUUUGGAACAACUUUGAUUCAGGUGCCAAACUUUUCAUGUGCCCAACCUAAUGCUUAAAUUAUCAUAACGUAUUUUGCAAGCAGUUUGACCGAAAUAAGAAUUUUUCUCCCUUUGCAUCUAGUUCGGCUGGAAGUACGAUCAGUGUUUGAAUCAAUUCAGCCAGUCCAAAUAAUUUGGUUCGGCCUCAUCUGAACCAAGCCUAACUCAGAGAACAUUUUAUGAACUGCCUUUACUUAUAGAAGACCAGAUAGAAACAUUGGUCCCAUCCCGAGAUAAAAGACAAGGUCAUUAGUCAGUACAGGGUAUAUGUUGUGGAUAAAAUUUGGUCUCAUGUUAAAGCUGAAUUUCUUUUCUCUCCUAAACAAUACAAUACAAUUAUUUAUUUAACUACAUUAUUGUCUAAGAGCACAAGUGCUCGUUCAAAAUACGAACGUAGGAAAUAAAGGAAAGCUGAAUCAAACAAGUUUUAGUACUGGUUUAGUAUGAGGACAGAUUUUAGUUGCCACUGACAUCAUAUUAAUUAUCACUUUAGUUGACUCUUAAAGGCAUUUUGUUUGUUGUCACUUACAAUUACAAGUGUGGUGUUUUUUUUUAUUUCAGGAAAUUGAGACUGAACAGUUUUUCAACUUCUUUCUUCCUGAGUUGCAACAGCAUGGCUAUGAUGGAAUUUUUAGUCCAAAGUCUAGGGCUAGAACCAUGACAGAAGAAGAUAGGAAAUAUGUGGAUGGUUGUGCGAUUUUUUAUAGAACGUCUAAGUAAGUGCCUAUUUCUAUUUAUUUGUAGCUAUUUCUUAGAGUUAAUGCAUUGUUGUAAGUUAAAACAAAUUUUUCUCUUUAACUCGUUUUAGUAUUAUUAUUCAGUGGAGAUUGUCACUGAGUGUAAAAAAACUUGUAUAAUAAAAUUGUCCUUGUCAAUGUUUUAUUUUCUGGAUCAAGGUGUACAUGUACCUGUUAUGGUUAAAUUUUAUCCAUGGUUGAAAUUUUUAUUUCCUUUUGAAUCAAAGUUAUUUUCACAUACAUGUAUUACUCUCCCCAGAAACAAAGGAAAUUAAAAAUUUGAACCAAGGAUAAUUGAACCAUGAACCAAAUACUGCGUGCGUAUAAGCUAUUAGUAUCCCUAUGUUAUUACCUACCCCUCCCCUAACCCAACAUUUUGCCCUAAGUGAGAAGGAAGUGUUAAUGUUGACUUAGGGAAGGGGUAGGUGGGCAGUUUCCCAGAAACAUAAUUUGAUCCUCGUUUUUUAAGGAAGCCUUUCUUUAGGUUUUAGUAUGAAAUAUGAUGAGCCACGGACCGUGUGGAUCAUUGUCCACUUUAAAGAUUGUGUACUAUGAUGUAACUCAAUUUGUAUGAAGCUAACAGAGCUAUCACUAAAAUUUUAACUUGCUGGCUAGAUGCAUUUUAUUAGGCAGGGAUUUGAGCAGUUAGGAAGUUCUGUUGGUUUUAUUUUCCUUUUGUCUCUGAUGGAAGGGUCUGAGGGUCGUUCCUAUACAUAUAGUGGGCCUAGGGGAUGUCCUCUGCCCUCAUGCCUCGGUGACGGUGAAGGUUAACCUUGGGCCAGUUCUUUUAUCACUUUUGCCCCUUCUUACAUGCUUUCUGCAUUGCAUCCAUUGAAUUUGCAGGGACAAAUUUUGUCUGUCUUUACUGUGGCUUUGCAUUGUACUUGUGUGUCAGUAUAUACUGUUUGUCGUGGGUCGUUGCUCUUUUAAGUGAGUCUUGACAGAUUAUACAUGAAUUGCCAAUGAAUUCAUUGAUGUUGCAUGUGCUUGCUUGUCCCUUUAGGUUCAGCUUUGUCAAAGAAUACCUUAUUGAAUUCAAUCAACUGGCUAUGGCAAAUGCCUCGGGGGCCGACGACAUGCUCAAUAGAGUCAUGACAAAAGAUAACAUUGGUAUCGCAGCCCUACUGGAACUCAAAGAGGGGUACUCUAAUUACGGCAGUCAUAUAAACAUGCCACGGCAGCAAGUGUUAGUUUCUAAUGUGCACAUUCAUUGGGAUCCUGAGUUUAAAGAUGUGAAGUUGAUUCAAACUGUGAUGCUUAUGCAUGAGCUGAUGAACAUCAUGCAGGAGAUAAAUCCUGGAUUCAUGGUUCAGGGAGGUAAGAUGGAGGAUUACUCAGUUUAUACAACUACAUGGGAAAUUUCUGCAAUUUGAUGGGCUUAGAGCAGUGGUAUUUCAGCUUAAUUUGAAAUACCUACAUGUGAAAAUUACAAACCUUUCGGGACUGGUCAAAAAGUAUGGGGGGGUGUUGGGCCAGAGCAUUUGGAAAAGUGGUUGAUAAAAAACACAUGACCCAACCCCUCCCUUCGGCACAAAAAUGACUGACCCACCCCUAAAGCAAGGUUGGAAAUUGCAUGACCCACCCCCUACUUAAAACAUGGAUGUUCGGUUUCCUCUUAAUAAUCCAAGAAAACCUUGUUCUGUGCUUGACAAAAUUUGUUGAUACACUGCUACAACCAAUAUCAAAAUCACAGAAAUCAUGAAUUAUGAGUCUUGACACAAAUAUAUAGCAAAACGAGGGUAUAUUGAAAUUAUCUGUCACAAAGCAUAUGAAAAUUUCAACAAAGACAACCCAUUCAGUUCAUUCCUACACAUUACUUGCCGGAAAUGCUUAGAUUAAUCCUCAAAGAAAAUUUCUUCCACUUCAGUGGAAAGCACUACCUACAAAACCAUGGAACUGUGGUGGGCACAAAGACAGCAGUUUUGAUUUCUUUGCCAAUAUUUUCAUGUCAUAUAUUGAAACAACAACUCUAAGCAAAACUGUCUUUAGAACAACAGUUUGGAAAUGCCACAUACACAAUAUCUUUUCCCUAUGGGACAUGAGUAAACCAGACAUCGAAGCCUUCAUUGAAAAAGCAAGCUUACAUCACCCAGCUAUUGAAUUCACGGCCGAAACAUUCGACACUGAGACUGCGGUUUUAGACACGGUUGUAUACAAAGGCACAAGAUUUAAGGAAAAAUCUAUCCUUGAUGCAAAGACACAUUUUAAACAAACGGGAACCUUCUUGCACACACAUUUCACCUUGUGUCACCCUCCAAGUGUUAAAAAAGAAUUUGUCAAAGGAGAAGCCUUAAGAAUCCUACGAAAAAACUCCUCAGAAACAACCUUUAAGGAAAAUAAUUUAAAUUAAAAAAAAAAACGCUUGACGGACGGAGGCUACCCACAAAAAAAAAAUGAAAAAUUUUUUGGGGAUAAAAGUAUGCCUAUAUCUACCGUUUAAAUACUAAGAUAUGUUUAACAAUGCUAUGUUUAAGUGAUUUUGAACUAUAUUCUCGUUGUGUGCCCCCUAUCUUUGAUAGAAAACCUACUAUCAGAAAUAAAAGUCACAAAAGGGAGUCUAAACUCCUAAAACAAAACAACAAGGAGGAAAAAGAAAUAUUGCCAUUCGUGACCCAAUACCAGCCCUCAGUGUCUACUAUAAAGGAAGCUUGAAUGAAAAAAUGGAAUCUUAUACAAAACCAACUAUAACUGUAAUAAAUUUUUAAAGAACCACCAAUCAUUUCCUUUUAAAAAAGGAAAAUCGUUAAAGAACAUGCUCGUUAGAGCCGAAAAAAAAAAAGGUUAACAGAGGGUUCCACGCCCGUAUCGAUGUGCGGCCUGUCAACCUUUGUAUUUUCUCGCAGAGCAGGUUUGUGAGUAUUUUAGCAAUAAUUCCAGCUGGUUGUGUUUUAUAUAACAAGUGUAGUCAACUGUCUCGUUAGUAGUUAGUAAAAGAUAGGGUGACCCACCCCCUAAGAGUAGCUGAAAAUUGCACGACCCACCCCUUGCACAAGGCUCAAAACUUCAUGACCCACCCCCCUAUACUUUUUGACCAGUCCCUUAGUGUGUAUUAGUAUAAACAAAUAAUAGCAAGAUUUGUACGUUGUAUUUGGUGUAAAUACCACUCGUGACAUUUCAAAAUUGUCUCAAAUCUCACUCGCCUAACGGCUCGUGAAAUUACGUAUAACAAUUUCGAAGUAUCACUCGUGGUAUUUGUGCCAAAUAUCACUACAAAUCAUGCUAUUACCUAUACUUAUACUACUACAUGAGAAAUUUCUGCGAUUUGAUUGGCUUAGAGCAGUGGUAUUUCAGCUUAAUUUGAAAUACCUUCAUGUGAAAAUUACAAACCCUUUGCGUGUAUUAGUAUAAACAUAUAAUAGCAUGAUUUGUACGUGUUAUUUGGCAUAAAUACCACUCGUGAUAUUUCAAAAUUGUCUCAAAUUUCACUCGCCUAACGGCUCGUGAAAUUACGUUUAACAAUUUCGAAAUAUCACUCGUGGUAUUUAUACCAAAUAUCACUACGAAUCAUGCUAUUGCCUAUACAUAUACAGUAAAACCCGCAACUUAGAACCUGGUUUUUAAGAACCAGUUAGGUUACAAUUUGCUAGUUAGGCAACCAUUUUCAUAAUUUCAUUUUCAUAGGGGAACUAAGGGCCCCCUUUUGAUACAGUCGGUUACUCUAUUCAAACCCGCUGGAUACUUCAAUUUUUAUUGAAACCCCUGCUAUAGGGAAUAUUGUUCUGUAAACAAAACCAAACAAGCUGUGUUUUAAUUUUCAAUUUAAGGUAAAAAUGGCACGGCACCAAGCAAGUCAAUUCCGUUGGUGUUUUGUGGCGAUCUCAAUUCACUACCGAACUCAGGAGCAGUAGAAUUCCUGGACAAUGGUAGAGUAAGAAGUGAUCAUGGUGACUUCCUUGACAUGAAGUACGAAGGAUUUCUCUCCCGCCUUAGCAACGGUAAAAACGGAGAGAAGAGCGGCGACCUGACGCAUUGCUUCAAACUCCAAAGAGCGUAUUCCGAGGGGCAGAUGAAGUAUAGCAACCUCACAUAUUCAUUCACAGGAGUCAUAGAUUAUAUUUAUUUCACCUCCGAUCUUCUGGUUCCCGUUGGAGUACUGGGCUCAGUGAGUCAGCAGUACGUCAAAGACAACAAGAUCAUUGGCUGGCCACACCCUCACUUUCCGUCCGAUCACCAGUCACUGCUUGUAGAAUUUGAAGCGCUCAGUUUCAGCAAUGGAGUACCCAUCUAUGGUUAUCUGCCAAAUUCUCACCACCACCCAAGGUAG